UAUCGGCUGCGGGAUAACAGUCCCGAGUGACCUCGGCUUUGAUACGCAUGUGAGAUUUCCCUAUACGAUGACCCCGCCCACCUGCGCCGUUCACUGUAACGGUCUCGGCUACCGCUUCAUGGGGUUAGAUAACGGCGUGAAUUGCUACUGCGGUCGGGAGUACGGGAAACACGGCACGGCCGCCGAUAGCGAUUGCGAUCAGAGUCCGUGCACAGGGGACGGCAGCCCGAAGUGCGGCGGAUCCUACAGAACCGCCGCCUACAGGAUUCAUCCGGAUGGAGACUUCAGAGAAAUCUCAGCUAAAGACAGCAUGUUAGCAGGCGGUCAGGACAUAGGGCGCGUUGUCACGGCAACCCCGAUGGCUGUUCAAACGAAGUUGGAAUGUGCUGGAUACUGUCUGACGUCAGCACCUUGCUGGGGCCUCGUCUGGAUUACCGGUCAGGUCCAGAACUGUGUUCUCAUCUCAGCUCAUAGUAGCCCAGAGCCUUACACCAUACAUGCAGCAGGAAGAUAUUACCAUAUCUAAAUAGCGAGAGCGAAGGAGAGGGAGCGCACGAGAGAGCUAGAGAGCUAUAGAGAGCUAGAGAGUGCGAGAUCGAGAAAGU